AUGCUAGCACAGGAACUCUUUACGGGUUAUAACCAGACUCGUCUACCUCCUAGAUGUGCUCUGAAAGUUGAUAUCCGGAAGCCAUAUGACACAGUGGAUUGGGAUUUCUUGAUAGUAGUUAUAGAGAUGUUUGGAUUCCCUAUUACUUUCGUGAAAUGGAUUGAGGAGUGUGUGACAACACCUUCAUUCUCUAUUGGGCUAAAUGGGAAGCCCCAUGGAUUCUUUCGAGGAGCCAGAGGACUUGGGCAGGGUCUAGAUCGUUUUGCCGAAUGGUCGGGUCUUAGACUGAACGUGCAGAAAAGCCACCUGAUUAUCUCACUUUCAGCACAAGCACUGCGUGAGGAGAUGUUGGCACUACUUGGAUUUCAGGAAGGGGUUCUUUCAAUGCGGUAUCUGGGGUUACCACUUAUAUCGUCUCGACUAACAAUUGUAGAUUGCCGCCCACUAUUACUGAAGAUUGACAAACGAAUUGCUGGUUGGGAAGCUGCACCAGGGACGCCUACAACAUACCUCCAUAUGGACAAUUACGGACCAAAGAGGCUCAUGGGGAUGGAGGAAAAUCCUCCGAUUACGGAUUUUUCUCCGAACCAUGGUGGACUACCGGAUUGGAGAUGGGAGGAAUUUCCUCUUGUGGCAGGAACCAUGGCACCACCUUAG